GCUUCUCCACACCUUAAAUAGUCUAGUUAGGUUUAACUAUACCACGCUGUGAUCGGGUUAUUAACUUAUUCUACACGGCCGGUAUCUCUAAUCGGCUCCAUCUGUAAGCUAGAAUGUAUGGCCUAUGCUGUAUUUCACAUGGGGAUCAUAACGUCUCUGAGCGAGGUCCUCCAACCCAAUAGUAUUCUCACAAUUACUAACGAGAUAGUUGCGAACCAUGGCUCAUCUUGAAGCUAUCGCGUCUGAGGUAUCGUUGUAUCCGUAUAGCAAUGGGAAGAGGACAGGUAGCCGUGUUAAGUUCCCGGACACCGCGGCAUUCUCGUCGAUGAACAAGCCCUCACGUUUUGAGGGGGACAUAAUCAAUCUUGAAGUUACAGGCGAGAUCCCUCGCGAUAUCAACGGGACUUUCUAUCGUGUGCAGCCGGACCAUCGAUUUCCGCCAAUAUUUGAAGAUGAUAUUCAUUUCAAUGGUGAUGGCAGCGUCACAGCUAUCCGCAUCAAAGACGGACACGCCGACUUUAAACAGCGAUAUGUGCGAACAGAUAAGUUUCUAAAGGAGGAAGAGGCACGACAGAGCCUAUUUGGUCGGUACCGGAAUCCAUACACGGACAACGAAAGCGUCAAAGGCGUGAUCCGCACCGUCAGUAAUACUAACGUCACGUUCUGGCGAGGCAUGCUACUGGCAAGCAAGGAGGACGGCCCGCCAUUCGCCAUGGACCCCGUCACGCUGGAGACCAUCGGACGAUACGACUUCGAGGGCCAGAUCACGGCCCCGACAUUCACAGCACACCCUAAGUUCGACCCGGACACCGGCGAGAUGCUAUGUUUUGCGUACGAGGCCGGGACUGACGGCUCUGACUGUGAAGCCGACGUUGUGACCUGGACUAUCAACGCCGACGGCCAAAAGACCGAGGAAUUGUGGUUCAAGGCACCAUUCGCCGGCAUGAUACACGACUGUGGUGUCUCGAAGAACUACACGGUGCUCCCGCUCACACCGCUCAAGAUGUCCCUUGAGCGCCUUAAGGCCGGCGGAAAUAAAUUCGCGUGGGACCCGAAUGAGGAUCAGGUCUACGGCAUUGUACCGAGGCGCGGUGGCAAGCCAUCGGAUGUAAAGUGGUUCCGAGCUGACAACGGAUUCCACGGGCACGUCGCCGGGUGCUACGAGAACGAAGACGGACACAUCGUCUUCGACCUUACAGUCGCCGACGGCAACGUAUUCUUCUGGUUCCCUCCCUCCGGCGAGAACCCCGAUCUAGCAGGGCGACAGCGCCUAAGCAGCCCAACAUGUCGAUGGGUCUUCGACCCGAAAGCCAAGUCCGGCACGCGCGUCAAGGCGUCUAUCGAAUGGACCACGAACGGCGAGUUCUCGCGCAUCGACGACCGCUACGUAACCAAGAAGUACGAGCACUUCUGGCAGCUCCGCGUCGACCCCACGCGGCCCUACGACUUCGCGCGCUGCGGGCCCCCAGCGGGCGGACUGUUCAACUGCAUGGCGCACUACACAUGGGACGCUACCGACGAGGGCAAGAUCGGCAGAGAAGACGUGUAUUUCGCGGGGCCGGCCGCGACGUUCCAGGAGCCGGUGUUCAUCCCCAGGGACGGCGGCGGGGAAGGCGAGGGGUACCUAGCCGCGCUGAAGAAUAACCUCGACGAGCUGCGCAACGACGUGGUGAUCUGGGAUGCGCUGGACUUGGCGAAGGGGCCGCUGGCGACGCUGCACUUGCCGCUGAGACUGAGGUUGGGGUUCCAUGGGAAUUUCGUGGAUCAUCGCGAUAUUGAGGCGUGGCAGGAGCGUCGAAAGGGAGAGCUGGGGCCUGUGCGGCCGGCGAAGGAGCCGCUGCCGUGGCAGAAGGCGUUUGUAGCGAAUGGGAAUGGGGAUGAUGUGAAUGGUGUGACGAAUGGUUAUGGGUCUUCAUAGGGCUCUUGGUGUAUACUUGUUACGACAAAUUGGAGUUUUCUUAUGGCCAUAUAUAUCAGCUUGGAUGUCAAGAUGUUCCUUGGGUGGUAUCAAUCGAGUGAUGCUACGUUGGGCACAUAAUCUCUUUAGGUGCUAAUUGGGUAGGUAUAGUACAAGACCCUUUGAACAUCAUUGGCCAAAGUUACCCAUCUAAUUCCUUAAAGAGUAUAUACUGCGUCUUUACUGGGUUCUGAUUCGUCGGUCCUAUCGG